GCUGUAAAUACAGAGCUGAGCAUGCUGUGUUCAAAGUCACUGAAACUGGAGGAAACUGGUCAUGCAAACCCCGACUGUCAGCUGAUAGCCGGCUUCCUGAUAACUCCUGGGAACUGCCAGCGCUUUCCCAGACUGCUGCACAUCUUCAGGGGCUGCCCAGGACACAGAGCUGUUUCAGCAUGAUCACUGUCCCCAUGCUGGAAAGCGCGGAGCUGUACUUUAAUGUGGACCACGGCUACCUGGAGGGCCUGGUGCGAGGAUGCAAAGCCAGCCUUCUGACGCAACAGGACUACGUCAACCUGGUCCAGUGCGAGACUCUGGAAGAUCUGAAGAUUCAUCUUCAGACCACUGAUUAUGGCAACUUCUUAGCUAACGAAACGAACCCUCUGACUGUUUCCAAAAUUGACACCGAGAUGAGGAAAAAGCUGUGCAGAGAAUUUGAGUAUUUCCGGAACCAUUCCCUGGACCCCCUGAGCACGUUUUUCACCUACAUGACGUGCAGCUACAUGAUCGACAACGUGAUCCUGCUGAUGAACGGGGCGUUGCAGAAGAAGUCCGUGAAGGAAAUUCUGGUGAAGUGCCACCCCCUGGGCCGUUUUACGGAAAUGGAAGCGGUCAACAUCGCAGAGACACCUUCCGACCUCUUUAGUGCCGUCCUGGUGGAAACGCCCCUAGCUCCAUUCUUUCAAGACUGCAUGUCUGAAAAUACUCUAGAUGAACUGAACAUUGAAAUAUUGCGCAACAAACUCUACAAGUCUUACCUCGAGGCAUUCUAUAAAUUCUGUAAGAAUCAUGGUGAUGUCACAGCAGAAAUUAUGUGUCCCAUUCUUGAGUUUGAGGCCGACAGACGUGCUUUUACCAUCACUCUCAACUCCUUUGGCACCGAACUGAGCAAAGGUGACCGGGAGACCCUCUACCCGACCUGUGGCAAGCUCUACCCAGAGGGACUGCGCCUGCUGGCCCAAGCAGAAGACUUCGAACAGAUGAAGAUGGUGGCGGACCAUUAUGGAGUAUACAAGCCCCUGUUCGAGGCCGUGGGUGAUGGCAGUGGGGGAAAGUCGUUGGAAGAUGUGUUUUAUGAGCACGAGGUGAAAAUGAAUGUGUUGGCAUUCAGCAGGCAAUUCCACUACGGAGUGUUUUAUGCUUACACGAAGCUGAAGGAACAGGAAAUGAGAAACAUCGUGUGGAUUGCAGAAUGCAUCUCACAAAGACACCGAACUAAAAUCAACAGUUACAUCCCAAUUUUGUAACCCAGCGCGGGGCCUCGGAUGCAGACGACCAUGUGUGAGAGGAAGUUACCGAGAAAAACAGGGAAGGGUGUUGUUAUGUUAUCUAAGUCACACGUACAGAAGCCACACUGCACUGUCCUGAAUAGCAGACCCACGGGAAACACAGUAAACCAACUCUGAAACAAAGCAUUCAUUUUUUCACCCCAGAGCCUUAAAUCUUGUUUCCACAUUUAUGUCUCAUUCUUCACCGGACCUUACAUGUUAAUUUUAAUUAACCCCUUGGUACUCUCCCCAUUCUUUCUUGGUUGUGUUAAAAAUCAAACCUAAUAAAGGUAUUUUACACUUGCUUCUC